AUGACGGAGCUUAAGGAUCAAGUGGAGGCAGAGAUGACUCGAUACCGAGCGCUCCAGGAUGAAGUGCAAGUGCUAGCAACGCAGCGACAGAAAUACGCACAACAGUCCAAUGAGAAUGAAAUGGACGUCAAUGAGGCCAAAAGUAACGUUAACAAACGUCUUGAGUUUAUUACGAACGAGUUGGACAAAGUAAACACGAAGAUUGAAGCCAAGGAGAAAGAGGCCGUUGGUAUUCGUACGAAUAUCUCAAAUAUGCAGAUGGAGAUGCAAAAACGUGCUGUAGAAGCUGCCAAGGGCGCCGUUGCGGCUCACUAG